AUGGGUACUUCUGCACAUAAACGGCGGAGAAGCCCGAACAUGUUUAAUGAUGCACUGUGCCUUAAGCAAUGUGUUGAGCAAUAUUUAUUCCCGUACCGGACACAAGAGCCAGUCAUUGGUUCUUGGCCAUUGUCCACAUUGAUGACCGGAAGGUUAAGGUUUGAGACUAUAUGCCUGGUCCCAAGUGCAGAUUGUGGUGAGAGCUUCAAGUUCAACAAGUUGUAA